UAAUAGCGUCAUCACGGUGGGACGUUAGCGUGCGCGCCGCCCGGGAGGAAGAGCCGCACGCGUGAUGAGUGGAACAUAAUGGUGGAUAGGUAGGGAACACACUUAAGCUCGGUAACAGUCACUCGUCAAACUGUUGAUCCAUUUCCAACGGUUGUCUCGGAACCUUUGACUCCCCUCAGACACGAUAGCCGUUGCAGCCGCCCGGACCGAACGACCGCCCUGGACCGCAACAAAAUGCCGAAUAUCAAAAUAUUUAGCGGUAGCUCCCAUCCGGACCUGUCUCAGAAAAUAGCAGACCGCCUCGGACUCGAACUGGGGAAGGUUGUGAAAAAAUUUAGCAACCAAGAAACAUGCGUGGAGAUAGGGGAGAGCGUGCGUGGGGAAGAUGUCUACAUCGUGCAGAGCGGCUGCGGGGAGAUCAAUGACAAUUUGAUGGAGCUGCUGAUCAUGAUCAACGCCUGCAAGAUUGCCUCAGCCUCCAGGGUCACCGCUGUCAUCCCCUGCUUUCCGUACGCUCGGCAAGACAAGAAGGACAAGAGCCGCGCUCCUAUCUCUGCCAAGCUGGUGGCCAACAUGUUGUCAGUCUCAGGCGCCGACCACAUCAUCACUAUGGACUUGCACGCCUCACAGAUACAGGGUUUCUUUGAUAUCCCGGUUGAUAACUUGUAUGCAGAGCCGGCUGUGCUCAAAUGGAUCAAAGAGAACAUCCCUGAAUGGAAAAACUGCAUCAUCGUCUCACCUGAUGCAGGAGGAGCCAAAAGGGUCACCUCAAUAGCGGACAGGUUGAAUGUGGACUUUGCUCUUAUUCACAAGGAGAGGAAAAAGGCAAACGAGGUGGACCGCAUGGUUCUGGUGGGAGAUGUGACGGAUCGGGUUGCUAUACUAGUUGAUGACAUGGCUGACACAUGUGGCACAAUCUGCCACGCUGCGGACAAGUAAACCCUUUAUUUACACCUUGAACUAAAUACAUUUACACUACUGUUCAAAAGCUUGGGGUCACUUAGAAAUGUCUAUGACUAUUCUAGCUGGAAACGGCUGAUUUUUAAUGGAAUAUCUCCAUAGGGGUACAGAGGAACAGCAACCAUCACUCCUGUGUUCUAAUGCUACAUUGUGUUAGCUAAUGGUGUUGAAGGCUAAUUGAUGAUUAGAAACCCUUGUGCAAUUAUGUUAGCACAUGAAUAAAAGUGUGUUUUCAAGGAAAACAUGAAAUUGUCUUAGUGACCCCAAACUUUUGAACAGUAGUGUACAUCAUAGGAAAAGAUGCAAGCAAAUUGUCUGCUGGGGUUUAACCAACAAAGAACGAAACCAUUACUGAAUUCCAUUUAGAGACAUCUGUUACAGGAUAUUGGUCAUGGUGAGAGUUCUAAUGGACUGUACUGUUUCUCUACCUUAGACUUAUUUUCUGCUGGUGCCACUAAGGUGUAUGCCAUCUUGACCCACGGCAUCUUUUCUGGGCCAGCUAUCUCACGCAUCAACAAUGCCUGUUUUGAAGCUGUGGUGGUCACCAAUACAAUCCCUCAGGAGGAAAAGAUGAAGCAUUGUCCCAAAAUACAGGUUAUUGACAUCUCCAUGAUCCUUGCAGAGGCCAUUCGUAGAACUCACAACGGCGAGUCUGUGUCGUACCUGUUCAGCCAUGUUCCCUUGUAACGAAUGGUGUUCACCAUCAACCGUGUGCUAUUAACACCAAUAAAAGAAGAGGGAAUUCCCCCAUCCCAAACACAACCAUUAACAAAGAUGUUCUGCUAAUUAACUAUUAAAAAAAGAACUCUCAUGUCUGUUACUAAUGCUGACCCCUCCUCACUCGAGUCCCUUCCCUGUUGAGCGGUGACCCUUCAUGUCCGGGGCACCAAAGCAAUUGCAGGCUUACAGAUUUAGGCUGGCGUAUUUAUUUUAUAUGGAUAAAUAAGUAUUUAUCCACUGUGAACUUUGUUCUUCUUUCAAAACAUUUUAGAUAGUUUCUCCUGACCCAUUUUACCUCUCCAGGAGUCGUGUCAAUCUGUUGUCAAAGAGCUUAUAUGAAUAUAUCCCUGGCAGGUCCCAGUGGUCAGGAGAAGCAUCUGGCAUUUAAAGCUGUACAGUGCUUUUUGUUACAAUGAACGAGUGUAGUUUUAUCAUAUUGUUCUUAUUUCCUCUGCUGUGUGAAAGACAAAAGCUGAUGAAAUGAAUGUGUGUGGAAAUAGUUUACAGUGCCAGUGAAGCUCCACUCAACCAAGAGUGCCUCAAAAGUCUGAAACAAAAUGACAUUUUCCUUCAGUCUCAUCCUCUUUCCCUCCCUCCCUCCCUCCCUUAUUUUGCUGUUCAUUUUUUUUCACUGGAUGAUGAAUGUUCAUGUGUCUUAGCAGGCAGUAAACAAUAUUUUGGGAUGUUCUUUCAACUCUUGAGGUGCCCUCAUUGAGUGGGGUUUGCCCAGUGUCUGAGAUUAACCCUUUGAGGGUCUGUGAUGGAGAUCUAUCUUUAGAAAAGCUGUGGGUUUUUAGCUUGGGUUCUCUGCAGGCUGGAGCUUCCUUCAGAAAUGUUCACCUGCUGUUUCAUUGCUGUUUUCCUGUUUGUCUUUUUUGUUUUUUGUAUGUCUGGCAGAAGGAUUUGUCAUUAUUGUGCAUAAUCCAAACCUUUGUGUUUACUUUUUCAGUAGGGUGAAUGCACCAGUUAUUUGAGGAUGCAUUCUUAAUAAAAUAUCUGUUACAUCUUAAA